AUGAUGCUGUCCCCGAUGGUGGCUGGGGGGGUUGUGUUCCCGGGACUCUUCCUCCUUUCCAAGAACACGCUCCAGAGGCUGCCCCAGCUGCGCUGGGAGGAGGCCGACGCGGUCAUUGUCUCAGCCAGGCUAGUAUCCUCAGUCCAAGCUAUCAUGGCCUCCACAGCUGGCUACAUUGUCUCCACCUCCUGCAAACAUAUCAUUGAUGACCAACACUGGCUAUCCUCAGCUUAUACCCAGUUUGCAGUGCCCUACUUCAUCUACGACAUCUACGCCAUGUUCCUGUGUCACUGGCACAAACACCAGGUCAAAGGUCAUGGAAAGGAUGAGGGAGGGGCUGGCUCCCCAGGAGGCACUUGGGCUGUGGCCCGAGGCUACCUGCACAAGGAAUUCCUCAUGGUGCUGCACCAUGCAGUCAUGGUGCUGGUCUGCUUUCCACUAUCAGUGGUGUGGCGCCAAGGCAAGGGGGACUUCUUCCUGGGCUGUAUGUUGAUGGCUGAAGUCAGCACACCCUUUGUCUGCCUGGGCAAGAUCCUCAUCCAGUACAAGCAACAGCACACCUUGCUGCACAAAGUGAAUGGUACCCUGAUGCUGCUGAGCUUCCUGUGCUGUCGAGUGCUACUCUUCCCUUACCUGUACUGGGCCUAUGGGCAGCAUGCAGGCCUGCCCCUGCUCUCCGUGCCCCUCAACAUCCCAGCCCAUGUCAACCUGGGAGCCGCCCUGCUGCUUGCUCCACAGCUCUACUGGUUUUUCCUCAUCUGUCGGGGAGCGUGCCGUCUCUUUAGGCCUCGGGGAUCUGCCCCUCCAGCCCCCCGCCAGCCCCCAGGGCUGCAUGAUGGGCCCCGGGACUGAGGGGAGGGGAGUGGGGAUACCCAUUCCCUCCAGGAAUUGGGCUCUGGGACUGAUGGGUAGGGAUGGGGACCAGGGACCUUUCCAGUGGUCCAAGGCCUGAGAAUAGGGAUGGAGAAGUUGGGGGAAAGCUUCUCCCUGUAAGAUGAUAAAGGGAAAGAACAGGGACCAGGCUUGUAGGAAACAGCUACCUCUCUUGUCCCCAGGGUGCCUGGGACUUAGGGACAGAGGGUUUGGAAUGGCCAACAUUCUCCUCUGUGUAGGGACUAGAAAAGUGGAAAUUAGGAGGCACUCUCCUGCUUAUAUAAUCCCAGGGAUACCCUUUUUCCAACUAUAAUCUGCAAGAGGCCUAGAAGAGGGAAAUUAAAGAGGAAGGUGCCCUAUUCCACAGCAAUUUCAGGUAGGAUGGACUAAGAGGAAUUGUAGAGGAUCAAGGAGUAAAGCAGGGGAGGGCCCUCUCCUUUUUGCCAAGGAUACACCUAUUUCCCUUCCCCUUCUGCUGUAGUCUAGGGGAGGGCAGCUCCUAAUCUCAUGCAUCCUUCUGGGGGGGGGAGAGAUCUCACCAGGGGUCAGGUUGGCUACCCCUUAGAGCUAGCUAGCUCCUCUCCUGCACAGGAAGCCCAGCAUCUCUACAGACCCUUAGGGAUCUCAUUUAUUUCCCCAGGCUUGUAUUAGUCUCUUAGGGGGAGGCAACCACCACCACCUGGCCCAGCCUCUCCAGUGCUGAGGGCCCCACUCGGGGGGAGCUGGGGGAGGGGCUCCAGCGCUCUUCCUUCAGGCUACAUGUUUUGGCCUUCUUGCCCUCUCCCACCUGUCCCUGGUGCUACAGACCUCUUGAGGCUUCCUCCAGAUCCAGGAGCAGGGGGAACCUUGGGAGGCGCUACAUAAAGACCGCUAAUAAAAGACGAGAUCAGCGCGAAUGCCA